GAGACGGGUACACAGCGCGGCCCUGCGCGGGGUGCGCAGCGCGCCGCGCCCGGCCGCCAUGAGCCAGAGGCAGGUUCUGCAAGUGUUCGAGCAGUACCAGCGCGCCCGGACGCAGUUCGUGCAGGCCGUGGCCGAGCUCGCCUCCAGGUCGCAGAACAUCGAGACCCUCCAAAACGCAGGUGUGAUGGCUUUGCUGAGACCUCUUUUGCUGGAUGUGGUCCCAACUAUUCAACAGACUGCUGCUUUGGCUCUUGGGAGACUCGCCAAUUAUAAUGAUGACCUGGCAGAGGCAGUUGUGAAGGGAGACAUUCUUCCUCAGCUCGUGUGUUCGUUGUCCGAGCAGAAUCGUUUCUACAAGAAAGCAGCAGCAUUUGUGCUAAGAGCAGUUGGUAAACAUUCUCCACAGCUAGCUCAGGCAAUAGUUCAGUGUGGAGCACUGGAAACGCUUGUGAUUUGUUUGGAAGAUUUUGACCCUGGUGUGAAAGAAGCUGCAGCCUGGGCACUUGGUUAUAUUGCCCGACACAAUUCAGAACUGUCACAAGCUGUGGUGGAUGCAGGAGCUGUUCCUCUUUUAGUGCUCUGUAUCCAGGAGCCAGAAAUUGCUUUGAAAAGGAUUGCUGCUUCGACACUCGGUGAUAUUUCAAAGCAUUCUCCAGAGUUAGCACAGACAGUUGUGGAUGCAGGAGCUAUCGCUCACUUAGCUCAGAUGAUCCUGAACCCUGAUGCUAAACUGAAGCGUCAGGUGCUGUCAGCUCUAAGCCAAAUAGCAAAGCAUUCAGUGGAUCUUGCAGAGUUGGUGGUUGAAGCAGAAAUUUUCCCAGUUGUGCUCACAUGCCUGAAGGACUCAGAUGAAUAUGUCAAGAAAAAUGGUGCAACUUUAAUUAGAGAGAUAGCAAAGCAUACGCCUGAGCUUUCACAGCUUAUAGUAAAUGCAGGUGGAGUUGCUGCUGUGAUUGAUUGCAUUGGCAGCUGCAGAGGGACUGUGAGACUGCCUGGCAUCAUGAUGCUUGGUUAUGUAGCAGCUCAUUCAGAGAACCUGUCGAUGGCAGUGAUCAUCUCCAAGGGAAUACCACCACUGUGUACCUGCUUGAUAGAAGAAAAUGAAGAUCAUAUUAAGGCAGCAGCUGCUUGGGCCUUGGGGCAGGUUGGAAGACAUACUCCUGAGCAUGCACGUGCUGUGGCAGUAGCAAAUGUGUUACCCACACUGCUUUCUAUGUAUAUGGACACACACAGUUCAGAAGAUCUUCAAGUAAAAACUAAAAAAGCCUUAAAGAACAUCCUGCAGAAAUGCACAUAUCUUCCAGCACUUGAGCCUUUGCUGCAUGAUGCCCCUCCCAAUAUUCUGAAGCAUAUUGUUGGGCAGUUCAGCAAGGUGCUGCCGCAUGAUAGCAAAGCACGCCGUCUCUUUGUAACAACUGGUGGUCUAAAAAAGGUUCAAGAGAUAAAAGCAGAGCCUGGGUCGCUUCUUCAGGAGUACAUCAACACUAUUAACAAUUGCUAUCCAGAGGAAAUAGUAAGGUAUUAUUCCCCUGGAUAUUCUGAGAUUCUUCUGGAAAGGGUAGAAAAUUACCACCCAGUUUUAUAAACUUUGAUUGAUAUAUUUUCUUUUAAUUAGAGUUGUGUUUCACAUUUAUGCUUUUAUGACUGCAAUUCAAAUAUAACUGUUGAAACUCUCCCUGGAUUGUGAAAUCUGAUUUUACUGUUUAAACCAUUGAAAGAGCUCAGCACUUCCUGAAAGAUAUGUUUUGUUCUUUACAAAAUUAUUGCAAUUUUUUUGUUCCUUUUUGUUUUCCUCUAGCUUCACUACCAAUUAAUAGAGCUUGUGUCUGGAAUUUCAGGCAGGGGUAAUGAUUUAUCACAGAAGCUUUGUAAAACUGGUCAUUUCUUUUUCCUUCCACAAGAAACAUUUGUGAUCAUCUGAUUCAGAUUUUAGCCUUCUCAGUACUUUAUCCAUUUUCCUCAUUUGCCUUUGUAUAUUGUUUAGAGCUUCCCCAGCUUGAUGAGGGGAAAAAGCGUUUUUUUUAACCAUGGAAUUAAUUCUGCAGUGAGAUAUUUCCUACCACUGCAUUUUGGAAAGUGAUUUGAUUUUACAUCUCCAGAUAUGUUUGUAACCACAAAAUAAAGAAGCAAUGAGAUCUGAUUAUGAUAAAAAGGCCAUAUUCUGCAUGAUACAGUGGCAUUAUGGUCCGUGCACUGGAUAGUGUAUUUGCAAAAGUCCUCAUUGUUAAGGCAAGAUUCACCGUAGAGGAAUGGAGCAAUGCAUGGUUGGGUGUAUAUAUCUUUGUUCCCCUUGGAAGGAAUAGAACAAGUUUGGGACUUCCAGUGGCCCCAUGGGAAGGACCGUGUGAGGUGCUACCCACUUGGCUCAGCAGAGCUUGUGGAGCUUAGGAGGAGCAGAGAACUGCUCAGCUGCAGGAAUCCUGUUAGCAAAGUUUUGAGCACAUUAAGAGGAAAGCUGGGGAUUCUUGACUCCCACUGAUCUGAGUGAUGGGACUAAGGUUGCUCUGUGCUUACUCUUCAAGAAGAGAAAUUGCUGCAGAAUUGAGUUCAAACACAUUUGGAAUUCAGACAGUUUUGAACUUGCAGACCACAUUCACCUGGAGGAUAUUGGAGAUAUUAGCUCUUGCCUCUGGAAAUGUUUUUGUCCUGUUAUAUGUUGUGAAAAGACUUUCUAUAUUCUACUUACUCCUCUGGUGUACCAUAGUAGUAGGGAACAGCCUGUUAAUAUUCAUUAACUAAUACAGUAUUGUCAUUUACUUUUUUUUUUCUUUCCUUCUAACCAUUUUUCUCUUCCUAGUAUGUUUUUUUUUCCCAAAGACUGAUAAACAAUGUUUCUGGAAUGAGAUUUUGAAAUACUGGCAACAGCAGUGGGAAGACAAUAUUUAAAAACCCCUGCAGGAGAGAAACUUGUCUUACUUUCUUAAACGUAUUAAAUGAGUAAGGUUAUAAAAUGGGGAUAGUCUCUCCUAUUACUUGUCAAACAGGAGCAAAGACUUACUGCAGUUGGAAAUGAUUUAGAGUGGGUUUUCUCUGCCAAAUUUUAAAUUACUAUUUUUUUUUUUAUUCUUGUCAACAUCAUCAUCAACAGUUUACAAAAGCCUCGAUGGGCUAUCUUAUGUUAAGGUUUAAUUCUACAAAGGGCUGAGCUCCUGGUGUGAGGUCCUUGGUGCUUUCUGAUCCUGUUCAGGAGGAGCAGGGGAAGCACAGUGCCUUGCUGUGUGGCAUCCUAACUGAGAAAGAGACUGUUGGCAUCAUGAAUGCUGAUAUAUAAGCCAUACCUGCUGGGUUCUUCCCAUAGCCUGCAACAGAACGAACUCUUGGAACUGAAUGACUUGUAUCAAAUGCCUUUUCCUUUCUGGUAGUUAUAUUCUGACGCUGUUAAUGCUAGGGCACUAGUGGAAGAACAUUACAACAAUCCUUUCACUCGACUUAAUGCCCAAUACAUUUUUGCACAGUCAUUAUGGCUAUUUUAGAAUCAAAUCCUGUACAAUUUCUAAUAGGGAUUGUAAUGCAAGGGCUUCCAAAGAGUCUGGAAGGGUCUGAAGCCGUUGCUUCCCCUAACAGAGCUGUACAAUGCUGAGGGCAGUUGGGGUGCAGAUAGGAGGCAGGGCAGGGCACGGCGCGUUGUGGCUCGGGAGCACGUGCUGCACCACACAAUGCUAUCGUACACGUUUUGUGUGGAAAGAAAGAAGAGGCUACGGUCCCCUGGCGGAUGUGCUCCCACUGUGUCAAACUGCGAUACGCUGUAAGGAUUCCACAGGGUUAAAUUUCAACGCCUAAACAAUUUGUUCACUGUCUUUUCAACCUUUUUCUGACUUCCAACAAAGGAAAUGAUUGCACGAGGCAAACCUUCGAAGUGAUCUGAUUGUGCUGCACGCCAUUUAAAUCAGACCUAGCGUAAAUAUGUCUUUAUAGCAGUUAUGCACUUUAAUCCUACGCCAGUGGAAGCUUUUGGCCUCCUGUCACAGGACCCUCUCUGGGAGGGUGUCACAUCCCAUCAGGCGGCAGCAGUGAAGUGCAAAGUCCUCUACCCCGCGCUCAGAGAUUCCCUUGGCUUUCCUUCGCGGCAGGCUGCUGUGCUGUAUCAUAUGCGCACCUUCUGGCUGGAGGCUUCCCUGGAGUCUGCACAAGGUCUUAGCAGCAGCUUUAUCACUGAUUUAUAUUUCAGACCCGCAUUACUACGGCAAGUGGUUUUUAUUUUAUUUUUUUCCCUCUCCUCUGUAGUGUUUCACUAGCUCUGGUGUAAGUGUUCCUAUCUCAUCCUCUAAUUUGGCUUAAGCCAUCAUCUAAACCUAGAUUAAUGUUUGUAAUUGCUACUCUGGCAAGCUCCAACUAUAUGUCAUUUGUCUCAAUUUCAUAGAAUAAAAUAUAGAUUUGCAUUUUAA